GUCCACAAUGGAUGCUGAUACACGCUCUUAUGUUGAUGCCUGUUCUGUGUGUGCGAGGAGCAAGGCGUCCCAUCGUCCUCCAGCCGGCCUUCUGCAUCCACUUUUUGUUCCUAACCGUCCCUGGUCACACAUUGCCUUGGACUUCGUUACUGGGUUGCCGCCCUCACAAGGUAACACAGUUAUUCUCACCAUUGUGGAUAGAUUUUCAAAGACUGUUAAUUUUCUUGCCCUACCCAAGUUACCAUCUGCUCAGGAGACUGCGAAACUAUUAACUGACCAUGUUUUCUGGCUACACGGCAUACCAGUUGACAUCGUUUCUGACAGGGGCCCCCAGUUCACCUCUCAUGUGUGGAAGGCUUUUUGCCAAGCACUUGGCGCCAAGGUCAGCCUAUCGUCUGGAUUCCACCCACAGACCAAUGGACAAGCAGAAAGGGCUAAUCAGGACCUGGGCUCUGCCCUGCGCUGCAUCUCUGAACUCAAUCAUUCAACCUGGAGCUCUCAUCUGACCUGGAUCGAAUAUGCCCAUAACUCAUUAACCAACGCGGCCACAGGUAUGUCCCCCUUUAAGGCUUCUCUUGGCUAUCAACCACCUCUGUUUCCCUCCCAGGAGAGCGAUUUGGCAGUCCCCUCCGUUCAGCAUCACCUUCGUCGCUGUAGGAAGGUCUGGAACGACACUCGCUCAGCGCUCCUUUGCUCUGUGGAGACCAACAAACGCAUCGCUGACAAACACAGGAUUCCUGCUCCAGCUUAUGAACCAGAUGGGUGUCUGCGCUUCGCCUCCUACUAUGGAGAGCACAUGGUGCUGCAGAGGUCUCCAGAGAGAGCUGUGAUGUGGGGGUACGGCCCUGACGGUGGACAUGUCACCGUCUCCUUGUCAGGACCAGUAAAUCAGAAAACCUCACCGGUCCCUGUGAUAGAAGGUGUCUGGCAAGUCACCAUGAACCCUGUCGAUGCUGGCGGUCCCUACAAUGUGACGGCAGCAACUGAGGGCAGCACGGCCACUCUCACAGGUGUGCUGUUUGGAGAUGUUUGGCUGUGUGGAGGGCAGAACAACAUGUUCUUUGAAACAAAUAAGAUUUUUAAUGCGUCAGAUGAGCUGGCCCUCGUACCAAACUAUUCUCAAGUGCGACCUUUCAUGGUAGCCUUGAAAGAGAAUCAAACUGAGCUGAUGGAUCUGAUAGAAGUGAAACUUCCCUGGACUGUGCCUACAGCUGACAUUGUGGCUGACUUCUCUGCGCUGUGCUGGCUCUUUGGACAUUACAUGCAUGACAUUCUGAAGUACCCCAUAGGACUGGUGGAGUCCUGUAAAUCUAGCACGCCUAUUGAAAGGUGGUCAUCUACACGGGUACUGCAGCAGUGUGGAUUAGCCCAAAGCACAACAGAGAAAGCCAUUGCAUCUAUGUGCCGCACCUUUUCUGUCACACCUUACUCAUACACGUAUCAUGCCCAAGGACACUGUUCGAGAAUGCUGUCCACUUCAAUAAAGACCUCCACAAGUGAUGGCUUUCCAAACAUCCGCUGGCACCAGUCGGCAGACGUGGGUUUUGUCCCAAAUCCACGGAUGCCGCGAACCUUCAUGGCCGUGGCUUUGGAUUUACCUGACGAAUCCUCUCCCUAUCACACGAUCCAUCCGCGGUACAAGAGAGACAUAGCUUACAGGCUGUCACUGGGCGCAAGGGCAGUGGCUUAUAAUGAAACAGAUGUGAACUUCCUUGGACCUUUCCCCAACCAAACCCUGUGCUCAGGAAGGCAUGUCAACAUAACUUACGACCAGGCAGUGUCUGUCACAUCAUCUUAUGAUGUCUUUGAGAUCUGUUGCUCUGCGAAUCAAGCUCAAUGCGGGCCGAAGUCCCUCUGGGUUCCAGCUCCUAUCACAAACUGGGGUCCGACAACUGUCCAGUUAUCCACCAGUUUGUGUUCCCCAACUGAAGAAGCAGCUGCUGUUCGUUAUGCAUGGAAAGAUUGGCCUUGUGACCAUAAAGCUUGUCCAAUCUACAGCCUCAGCGGCAUUUUACCUGGCCCUCCAUUUAUUUCAAAUUGCCACCCAGUAAUCAAUUAGAAAAAGUCAUAGAACCAGAAAAUGUAAAAAGAUGUGAUGCAGAAUCACAUUUGGUUCUUCGAAUGGGCAGAUGCUGCAUCUAUAAACGUCCUAUAUGUCAGUGUGGCAGAAAGAUCACCAUCAUUUUGUACAGGGCUUUUCAAAGCUCAGAAAUUAUUGUGGCUAUUUAGUUGGACUGUUUACAUGCAAUCUAUGCUGUUAAAACCACUGCCAAUAAAUGCUGGACUGUAUGAAUAAAAAAAUGUUUACCAAA